AUGUCCGACGAAACCGACACGCCAGCGUUGCCGGCAACUACUGCCGAAUCGCGAAAGAUAAAUGCCAUCGAUAAGGAAACUGUGCACAAAAUUUGCUCCGGUCAGGUUGUACUGAGUUUGGCCAUUGCGGUGAAGGAAUUGGUUGAAAAUUCACUAGAUGCUGGUGCAACGCUAAUCGAAGUGAAGCUCCGCGAACAAGGUGCCGAUCUGGUCGAGGUGGCAGACAAUGGAUCCGGAGUGGAGGAGAAAAACUUUGAAGGCCUAACCGCCAAGUAUCACACAUCGAAGCUGAAGGAAUUCACCGAUCUGGAGUCCAUCGAAACGUUCGGUUUUCGAGGUGAAGCACUCAGUUCUCUCUGUGCGCUCUCGGAUAUGGUGAUCACGACACGCCACAGCACAGCCCACCACGCGACCAAGUUAACGCUGAACAACGACGGUCGCAUCCAGACACGGUCGCCCUGUGCUCGCCCCGUUGGAACGACGGUCACACUGAGCAAUCUUUUUGCCACGCUGCCCGUGCGCAAGAAAGAGUUUCAGCGCAACAUAAAGCGCGAAUUUCUACGCAUGUGUCAAAUCCUGCAGGCGUACUGUCUCGUCUCGGUCAGAGUGCGCAUUAUCUGCACUAAUCAGAGUGCCAAGGGUGCCAAAACGAUCUUUAUGAGUACGGAUGGUGCGGACAGUGUGCUGGACAACAUAAGGGCCCUGUUUGGACCACAGCAGACGGGCGAGCUGCUGGAAUUGAAGCAAGCCAUCGGAAGCAACGGAAAGAUACAGGAUUUGGACGAAAGCGAUUUGGGCGACGGUUUGGCACUCACGCAGGAGGAGGUCGAUAACUUUAAUCUGUCCCAAUACACCAUCGAGGGCUACAUAUCGAGCUGUGCCCACGGAGCCGGGCGUAGCACUAAGGACCGCCAGUUUUACUACGUCAACUCGCGGCCCUGUGAACCGCGACAGAUCAGCAAACUGGUGAACGAUGCGUACCAUCGAUUCAACGUACACCAGCACCCGUUUAUCUUUCUGAACCUGAAACUAGGCCGGACCGAGGUGGACGUUAACGUUACGCCCGACAAGCGGAUGGUGAUGAUGAACAACGAAAAGAUCAUUCUGCUUGCGGUGCGCAAGUCGAUCAAGAAAACGUUUGGCAGUGUGCCGUCGUCGUUUAAGAUGCAAAAUUUAAAUCUAAGUGACUCGAGCCGUCUGCUGAACGUUUCAGUGCCGUCGGAGGACGAGGAAUCGACUGGUGACCGGACGGCGGUUGACGGGUGUACUGACGGCGAAAUGCAGUUUACCUUCGAGGUACCGAAAGCAUCCAGUUCCGGAACGGGGCUGAAGCGAAAGCGCAACGGAACGGGCAAUGGAUUGCAGAAAAUUGUCGAUUUUCUCGAAGCUAACAAACCACCGUCGGAUAGUGUUACCGAACAAGACGAAUCAUCGAACGAUGAAUAUGAAAAAGUUCGGUCGGUUAAGUUGAUCAAAAGUGAAGACAAUCCUUAUGACCUUACCAUAUUGCGAACGGACGAGCCACUUUUGGAAGAUCCACCGAGCGAAAAAGAAUCAGUCCGCGUUAUCAGAUGUACCCAAUCACGACCCAUUUCACAGGAGCGAUUUGCUGAGCCAAUUGCAAAAGAAGCUACAUCCUCGGCGCUAGAACCGGAAAUGGCUUCGGGAAUGCUUGCACCACCCAGUUGCUCCCCCGGACGAUUGGCCUCCGGUGAGCAGCUGUCUGUGAAAAUGGAAAGCUCCUCCAGCGACAAAGUUCCAGCCAAGCGAGAGCUGAUAGAACAAGCCCACAUCAACAGCGACGAAACGAUCGAAAUUGAUGAACCCGAUCCACCGGAGCAACCAGAUGAUCGAGGCGAGGGUGUGCGAAACCGAAACCACCAUCGGUUACAGCUCACGAUGGACUCACUCGAGGAUCUUAUCAAGCGCGAGCAGGAACUCCAAUCGAAACAGAUCAUCAAGCGACAGCACGCUCUGACGCAUCUCAAGUUCAAGAGCAAAAUCAACCCCACCAGCAACAAGGCGGCCGAAAAUGAGCUGCAGACGGAGAUAGCAAAGUCGGAUUUUGCCGCGAUGCAGAUCGUUGGCCAGUUCAACCUUGGCUUCAUCGUUUGCCGACUCGCGGACGAUCUGUUCAUCGUCGAUCAGCACGCGACGGACGAAAAGUACAAUUUCGAAGACCUGCAGCAGACGACGGUGAUACAGAACCAGCGGCUUAUGGUGCCGCAAACCGUCGAGCUGACCGCCGUCAAUGAGAUGAUACUGAUCGACAAUCUGGACGUGUUCGAAAUGAACGGUUUCAAGUUCGAAAUCGACGGAGCGGCACCGACCACGCGGAAAGUGCGCUUGAUCGCCAAACCGUACAGCCGUAACUGGGAGUUUGGUAAGGAGGACAUCGACGAGCUGAUCUUUAUGCUCCAGGACGCCCCCGGGACGGUGUGCCGACCGUCGCGGGUCCGCGCCAUGUUUGCUUCCCGUGCGUGCCGGAAAUCGGUCAUGAUGGGUACGGCACUGUCGGUAAACCAAAUGCUACGCCUCGUACGUCACAUGGGCGAGAUCGAGCAACCAUGGAACUGCCCUCACGGGCGACCGACGAUGCGCCAUUUGGUGAAUCUCGCAAUGAUACAUCGAGAACCGGAGAAGUAA